AUGUCGCAUGGUGACUUUGAACAUGGUGAUCUGACUGCUGAGAUCUUCGGGCUCAGAUGGCGUGCCGCUGUUGUUGAUUUCACCAUGCAGAUUUUCGUGAAGACUCUGACUGGCCGGACCCUGACCUGUGAAGUUGAGCCAACGACCAAGGUGGGCCCAGCCCUUUCCAUCCCCAUCUCGAAUCUGUCUGGAGCCACUGGCAUCAGCAUCGCCAAGAUCAAGGGAAGCUCAUCCACCUCCGUCUUGGUGAAGGCUGCAGCCCAGGAACUGGCUCGAUUUUGGAAGGGCGAUGGCUUGCCAGUUCGGCAGUACUUAGAAACCAAUGUCAUCAAACCUCCUUUGCUCAAGUAUCUCGGGCCGGAAGGCGCUCACUGCAUUUGCCUGGACCCUACUGAUUCACCUGCUUCAUUGGAUGAGUUGCUGAUCGAAGUCAGCCGAUUUUUCAUUUUAAAGGCUGUGAACAGCGACACGGCAGCGCCAAAGCUUGCGCGUGACGUUCCAAGAACGCUUGGCAGACCCAGGAAGCGAGCCAGGACAGCGGGUGAAGAUCAAGGAGCACAACUCUCGCCCAGCAGGGACGUGGAUCUGAUCUGGCAUGCGAUGCUCUUGUUUCCGCAGAUCUAUUACAAGCUGUGUAUGAGUUUGACCGGUGAGCUGAUUUGCCAUGAUCCAAGAUCCGAUCAGAACCAACAGGUUCUGGCCAAAGCUCCUGAUGUGAGAUUCCAAUCCAUUGAUGCCAAGCUCUCCAAUGCCUUGAGAAAAGUCAUUGACAAUGCUGGGGACAAAUCCAUGCAAGUGAAGUAUGACAUGUCCAUGAAGAACCAAUUGUAUGGGAGAAGUGGGGACUUCAUCAAGGGACGAGAACUAUUUGCAAUGAUACUGAUUAGCUUCAAGUCACCUGACCAUACUGAAGUUCUCUACAAUGCCCAUCAUUUGUAUAUGUUCAACUAUUAUGGAGAUGAUCAGCUUGAGGCAUUCUACAACAAGUGGCUUGACAUCGUAUACAAUAUGAAACAUGAUGAUCUGCCUUCCAACAAUUCCCUGCGUGACACAUUGUUCCGGAAGAUUGAACAUUCAAAGCUUAUGGCCUUCGAUAUCAACCGAUACAAAACCUUUGAUGAAGGGCAUCCUGAGAAGACCUAUACUUACCUAACUGGUAUGAUCAAGGGAUACAUAGCACGAGGGAAGCAAGAACGACUGUUGAAAGAUAGAGAACGUGCAGUGAAACUGUCAUUGUCCUCCAACAAGACGACACCUGCCUUAGAAGAUGCUGACAAGCCUGCCGCUCCCGUCAAGACCAAGAAGGAGAAUGAAGCAGCUGCAUCAUCUACAGGUGAUCCUCCAAAACGGCCUAAGGCGAAAGCGAAGAGUGAAGCUGCAUCAGUACUUCCUACACCUUCUCCGAAAUCUCAUGCCGACAAGAACAACAAGAAAGGCAAAGGUGGGAAGGGAAGAUCAUCUUCACCCGUGGACAAAAAGAAAGCCGAAAGGAUGAACUUGAAGCAGCGAACUUGUGAUCCUAUCAUGUUCCACACUGCCAACGGUUCAACUGCUACUCAAACAGAAGCAGAGAUUGACCUGGGAACCUUUGAUGUGAUCUCUCAUGCCUAUGUACUGGACGAUAUCUUCGACAAAGACAAAGAUCCAGAAGAGAUGACUCUCCAGGAAUUGAUCGAUGCCCAACCAGACCAUUGGAAGAAGGGCAAGGUCAACGUCAAAGAGAUGAACGCUGCCAUGGCGGAGCUGGGAAAUCUCCAGCAGGAAUUCGAGCGCACUGCAAGGAGCUUCCGACCCAAUGCAGGUCAAGCUGAAGAGGAUGGCAGUGACGACGAGGAAGGCACCACGGCACGGCGUGUGUCCGAUGCGAUGUGGCGAAUUUGCUUAGCAUUCUUGUGCUUGGCACAGGUCUCCAGCCUCAACCUGGAGCAGUUGCGCCCCAGCCUCUGGUCCCUGGCAGAGGUUCUUCAAGAUCUCACAGGUGAUGAACACUCAGCCAGAAAGACGUUGGAAGAAAAAGCUGGAAAGAUGGAGGCGACUCAGCGACUCAGCGUUUGCAUCGAGCCAUGGGGCUGA